UAUAAUCCUGUGCUACCUGAACGCGAUUAGAACUCCGCAUAAAUGAGUAUCAUAUAAUAUUGACGUGGCAAGCAUUCCUGCGAAGCAAACUCGCUUUCCUGCUUUUUUGCUUUGUCGCAAAAGAUGAGAAGCCCAAUAGUAUUAGUUGUACUAGCAAUCUCGUUGCUGGUCUCUCUUUUCACAAAUGCCGAGGCAAAAUCAGUAACGGGUGAUCGCGUCCUGGUUUUACUAGAUGAUCUCGCGGAUAAAGAUUUAUACUCGCGGUUCUGGCAAUCGCUUCAAGAAGAUCGCCCAGCACUUUUGGAAAAGUACGGCGAGUUCCUGUACGAUCAUGUCAUUCACUUCGCAUACAAAUCAAAAGAUGUCGCAAAGCACAAGAGCUUCAGCAAUGUCCAACUUGUCAAGUUUGUCAACGAUGGCGGCAAUCUCCUUGUCGCUACAGGAAACGACCCCAGUUUGGCUAUUCGCGACCUUGCAGCCGAGUUUGAUGUGGAAUAUGAUGCUUCGGGUACCAGUGUGUACGAUCAUAAAGACAGCGAACACGAUCUUAUUUCGACGUCGCGUAUCGAUGCACCGAGCAGCAUCAUUGACGGCAUUAAAACCCCUAUUCUGUAUCGCGGCGUUGGGCUAUCUCUCGGUCAGAUCCCUCUCCUCAACAGUAUAUUGAAAGCUGAAUCGACUGCCUUUACUUCCGACUCGUAUAGUGCGUCAAUUGCAGGCAGCGAUGAUGUUGAACUUGUGGCAGCAUUCCAGGCAAAAAACUCGGCCCGGGCCUCAUUUUCGGGCUCGAUUGACUUGUUUUCGGACAGUUUCUUUGAGAAAAAGGUCGAGCAAACUCGUCCCAACGGUACUGCCAAAAGACAUGUUCCAUCUGGAAACAGCCAAUUUGUUGAUGAGCUCGCCAAGUGGACCUUCCAAGAGAAAGGUGUUCUCAAGGUUGUCGACCAUCGUCAUCAUAAAGCCAAUGAAACCGUCCAGCCCGAAGCAUACAGAAUUAAGGACGAGAUUAUGUACAUUCUUGAAAUCUCUGAAUACGUCAACGAUGAAUGGGUUCCUUUCAAGGCGAGCGAUAUUCAACUCGAAUUGAUCAUGCUCGAUCCUUACAUCCGCACAACCUUGAAGCAAGCUCCUGUUGCGCCAAAACAUCACUACGGUCGAUACACUGCCCAUGUUCGUUUGCCAGAUGUAUAUGGCGUUUUCACAUUCAAGGUCAACUACAAGCGUCCCGGUCUUACGUACAUACUUGCCGAAGAUGUCGUCGCUCUUCGACCAUUCAGACACAACGAGUAUGCCCGUUUCUUAACUGCAGCAUACCCGUAUUACGCAUCGGUUGGUAGUAUGAUUGUCGGUUUUGUCAUAUUUAGUGCAGUAUGGCUAUCGACUUGGGGUGGCCAGGAACUAAAAAACACCAAACAGAAAUCACAUUGAAAAACAACUAUGUAUAAAUUAUCUACACUACUAUA